AUGGGAAAAAAAUUUUGGAAACGAUUUUUUACUAAUUUUCAUAGUAAUUAUAGCGAGGAUGGUAAUAGUAUUGGACAUAAAAAAACUAAAAGCGAUAUCAGUGAUAUGAGCGAGGAUUCAAUAGGCAAAGAAGCCAAAGAAUUAUUUAAGAAAAUCAAUGAUCGAAAGUUCAUAAACCAAGAUGAUGCUAAAGAAAUCUUGCCGGUAGAUGAUGACGAAACUGAUAGAAUAAAUUUGGUGCAUUUCUUCAAGAAAGAAUUGUGGCCGCAAAGUAAAGCAUCUUUUUCUUCUCCGGUUAAAGAAAUAUUAAGAUCCGGUGCUGAAAUACUUGAUGCUGGUUGUGGUGGUGGAACUUGGGUAUUGGAAAUGUCAGGAAUUUAUCCAAACAGUAACUUCACCGGAAUUGAUAUUGUGCCAAUAUUCCCAUCACAAAUUAAACCAAUAAAUUCAACAUUUGUUACUGCUAAUUUACUAGAAAAAUUACCGUACGAGGACAAUACGUUUGAUUAUAUUCAUUUUAGAAAUAUGAUGUUUUCGUUGAGUGAAGACGAAUACGAAAUUGCCGUUAUUGAAUUGGUUAGAGUAUUGAAGCCUGGCGGUUGGAUUGAAGUCGAAGAAAAUUCUGGUGUUAUGAAUAAUCUUGGUCCGACUGGCCAAAAACUAAAACAGAUGAGUAAGUAUUAA